AUGGGGGACUUUAAUGAGAUUGCGUCUUCAAGAGAGAGAAAAAAGGGUGCUCUUGUGAAUUUGUUAGAUAGAGUUUUUAAAAGACUUGAUCGUGUAUGUGCCAACGCUGAAUGGAGAACAACUUUUGAUGAAGCCUCUAUCAAAGCUCUUCGUAGGCUAAAUUCUGACCAUAAUCCUCUCAUUUUAGCUUUGGAGCCGCAAGAUAAGUCUUGGAGGGAGAGGCCUUUCAAGUUUCUGGUUGCGUGGCAAGAGCACGUGGAUUUCCCUUCUUUCCUUCUUAAUACUUGGUGCCCCCAUUCUCAGGGGAGAAAAGAAUUUUUGAUUAAUAAGCCGCAACAGGUCCAAUUUAGUCAAAGUCAGUCCACUGAUGAAUCUCUUCAUGAUGUGGAAAGGAGAAUCCAUACAGAGAUCAAUUGGGUUCUUGAACAAGAAGAGGCUCUUUGGUUUCAAAAAGCUAGAUGUAAAUGGAUUGAAGAUGGGGACCGUAAUACUAAAUUCUACCAUACUUCUACUAUAAUUAGAAGGGCCAGAAAUAGAAUUGUGGAACUAAAAAAUGAUGAGGGGCAUUUCAUUAGAGAGGAAAAUAACUUGAUGAAGUUAAUUCUGAAUUCUUAUUCCACUCUAUUCACUGAAGAUGUCCCAGAUAGACGUUGGCAUAGUACUAAUAAUUCCUGGCCUGAAAUUAGUGAAUCUGAUUUCCUAGUUCUGAACAGGAAAAUCUAUAACAGGGAUAUUAAGGAUGCCUAUUUUGAUAUGGGAGCUUUAAAAGCCCCUGGUCCUGAUGGGUUCCCGGCCUUAUUUUUUCAGAAAAUUGGGAUAUUGUGGCUAACCAGACUUAUGACUUAG